GUUACCCGCUAACUUCCAGCGCGAAGCACAGUCUGUACCGCCUGUUGGGCACCACUCUGGAGGCAGCUGAAGAGCUGGACUUGGAUCGUCGAGAACUUGCCACGGUGCUCUCUCAAGAGAUUUGUGGGCUGCACGACGUCUUUGGUGCCAUCAGUCCUGGGACAGACAGCUUUACGCAAUCAGACCUCCGGCGCUGCUUUGCUGUCCAGGGCUUGCCUCUACCGCCUGCAGAGCAGUGGGACCUGCUGUGGCAUCGCUACUGUUCUCCCAAUGCUAUCGGCGUGAAUUACUUGGACUUCAAGAACCAGCUACAGCCCAUGUUUUGA